CAAGAGGCACCUACCUGGUGGUGGCUAAAGCAGGCGAACAGAGAUACUUAUGAUACCUUUAGAAGAAACCUACAAGAACAGUGUGGAAGACAAGGCUCAGCAGGCAGGGCCUCGCACUGCAGCUGGCUGUUGCACCUUUCCCUGCAGACAGGAUUUGGAAACACAGCACUGCAAGCAGCCUGGUUCCCACAGCCACAAGAUUACAACACAAUACCUGUGGAUAAGUGGGAUGAGAACCAUGUCCGAUGCUGGCUACAAUCUACUGGAAUCAAGGAAGAGUAUACAAGAAAACUGCAAGAAGAAGAAGUGACAGGUCCAGUGCUUAUGGAACUGAAUGAACCUUUCCUCAAAAAAAUAGGUAUGAAGAAAGGCCAAAUCCACAUUUUACUCCUCAAAAGAGACGAACUUCGGCAGCUAAAGGAAAAUACAAAACAAGAAAAGCAUUCCAGUAGCAAAACGCCUGACAGAAUUGAUACACAAAGAGAUUCAGUAAGACCCAAAAAUGUCCGUCUUCAAAAAAGUUCAAGCAAAGACAGCUGUGGCCCACUACAUGAAACAAGUGGAGAAAACACAGCUUCUACUUCUGGCAAGAAGCAAGGGAGAAAUAAAUCCCAACCUCAAACUACUGAUGAAGUUUUAGACCUCAGCAAAUGUCGACCAUUUAGAAGUGAAGACACUGAUUUCAAGUACGUGAAAGGCCGAGUUCUUUCUCCAGAAACAGGCGUCAAUGGUUUAAUCAUACCUUGCCAUGAAUACAAGUCUUUUGCCAUUGCUGCAGAACUGAACAAACAGCAGUUGCAGUCAAAGUUUGCCUGUGAAGUGAUACGAUUUGCUUCAGCCUGCAUGAACAUUCGAACAAAUGGCACCAUACAUUUUGGUAUCAUGGACAGUGUUGAAGAUAGGGGCUAUAAACAUGGACAGAUCAUUGGCAUAAAGGUCAAAGAUAGGGAAUACUAUGUUGAUGCAUUAGAUUACAUAGAAAAAUGUUUUUCUGAAACUGUGCGAGAAAUUGCAAGGAAAUGUAUCCACCCACCUGUUUUUAUUGAAGUGAUUUCAAAAGACUCUCAGGAACAAAGAUUUGUGGUGGAGGUUGAUAUUGAACCAACAUCCAGCUUAGUGAAGAAUAAAAUUUUUGAGGUUUAUUUACCUAAAUACAAUGAAAGCAGCCAGAAGGUGAAUCUGACAAAAGAUCGAGCUCUCUAUCAGAGACUAGGCGCAAAAUCUGAACCUGUAAAGCUGGACGAUCUAGUUGCUUUUAUCCAGGGCUUACAAGACAGGGAUGCUCAAAGAGAAAAGGCUGAGCUUCUCAGUGCAGAAAUACAUACAGAAGUAUCUCAAAACUUGGGAAGGAAGUUAUCUAUUCUACUAAAUGAUGGCAAGAACUAUAUGGACGAUUCCCUACGGUACAUCCUUGUCACAAACAGAUGUACAGAGGAUGAUCUGAACUCUAUCAACUUUUUAAUGCAUUUGAACAUUUUCUGUGUCUUUGACUUUGAUGAACAUUCUGUGUCAGGACUGUAUGGAAAGUACAAAGAACACCAUGCAACAAGGUCUUAUUUUUUACAGGAUUUUUCCAGUGAAAGCAAGACUGGCAACCCUCCAUCUCAGAAACAUUUGUGUCUGUUUGAUCAGACUAGUUGGAUAUUCUGCAAUGGGCGCAGCGACUACCUUGGGGAUGAUGAAAAACCUUGUGAUGAAAACACAUGGAUUAGAACCAAAAAGAAAUACCUUAAGAAAGCAAUCACUCGUAUCUGCGAUGAAAUCCUGCCAAAGCGGUCUUUCAUUGUGCUUUUCCUGUUGUUAUCACCAGUUAAGAAACCGAUUGUGGACACUUUUCAGGAAUUCUAUACAGAGAUGAAUGGCAUGGAGUACAUCAUUUGUAUUGCAGAGUCCAGAGAAAAUUACGGGAAGUGGGCUAAUCUAGCUCAGGCAUCGUGCAGCAUUGAGACCAUAGAACAACGCAGCAUUGUGGGAAUGAAACUAAGCCAUGUAGAUGCCACCAUUCAAAAAAUGCUGCCUUCUACAGCACACCCCAGACAUCUGCCAGUUUCCACACGAGCACUAUGCACACUUCCUUCGCUUGAAGAAGAGAAAAUGUUUUCCCUAGAAAUCCUUUGUGUUGAUCAAUGUGAUGAUACUAAAUUAGAUCUUUUGUCUGAAAAAGAAAUACAAGAAAUAGAACAAAACUUUUACCAAGGGAGAAAAAUCACCUGGAAAAAUUUCUGGCUUGCUGAUAAAGGACACUGUGGGGAAAUCAUUGAACGUGAAGCAUGCAAGGAUGCUAGCAAACUCCUAGAUGACAUUUUACAAGGACCUGGACUCAACUAUUCUGUGGCUAAACUAAAGAUAUUCCACCAUCCUGGAAGUGGUGGAAGCACAAUAGCACGACAAGUUCUAUGGAAAAGAAGAAAGGACUUAAGAUGUGCUGUUAUCAAAUCCUCAUAUUCACCUGCAACUGUUUGUGAGCAUGCACUUGCAUUUAGAGAUUAUGAAGAGAAAGAAAUCAAUCAUUGUCUUCCUGUGCUCCUCCUAAUUGAAGAUUAUGAUGAAGACUAUUUAGAAGAAAUAAGGAAUGACUUAAUGGAUGCUGUAGCAACUAGAAAAAUUAAUUCCCCCAGACCUUACUUCAUUCUCAUGUCCUGUAGACGAUCCAAUGACCCUGAACGGCUUUGUAAGGCUUCUCCUCUGGACACAGUAGCCGUUACUCACAAGCUGACAGACUCAGAGAAAACUCUGUUCAAAACUAAACUUGAAAAACUGAAGCAGAAAGAUGUCAGGCCAGAAUUCAUACUUACAUUUGUCUUGAUGUGUGAGGAGUUUAAUGAAACAUACUUGAGAGAUUUUGUAGGCCACAUACUGCAAGACAUAGACCAUUCUUCCCGUGAUACACUUUUGAUGCAUUAUGUGGCUUUGCUUAAUUUUUAUGUACCUAAUUCAUAUGUUUCACUAUCACACUGUGAGGCUUUUCUGGGACUGGGUGCAUAUACAGAAACAAAGUCAAGAGCAUAUGAUUUUAAAAGUAACUUAAGCGAACAAGCAAGAAUGAUUUUUAUUGAACUAAGGGAAAGUACCACCUAUAUUUCAUCUGUUCGGAUAAUACACUAUCUGGUUGCAAAAGAAAUUUUGUAUCAGCUUUCAAGGAAACAACCUCAAAGUCAAAUUGCAAUGUCUCUUCUUCAGGAAAGGAUGCUUUUUGAAAAUAGAUUUGGACGAGAGGAAUUCAUAAAAUUCAUCAGAGAUCUGUUUAUUCGCCGUGAUAAGAGAAGCAGGGGCGAUAAUACUGACAGCCUCUUCUCCCCAUUCAUUGAACAUGUCUGUAAAGCUGAAGACUGUGAAAAAGCUAUAGCUGUUUUAAAAGCUGCGUAUGAACUUCUUGGAAAAGAUGCCUUUUUUGCCCAGCAGCUUGCCAGACUGCAUUACAAUAAUGAAAAAUUUAAAGAUGCAGAAUACUGGGUAGGUGUUGCAAAACUUCGUUUGCCAAAUGACUCUUACAUUCUGGAUACAGAAGGUCAAGUCUACAGGAAAUGGUUUAGUUUCACUGUGGAUAAGGUGACAGACAUUGCUGACAUUGACAAGAUAGAGAUUGCUCUUAAAGCUAUGAAAUGCUUCAGGGCUGCACAACAGGCUGCAAAAGCAGAAACAGAUAAUAUGAACAACGCUGGCUAUUUUGGAGAAGUAGAAGUAGGAUGUCGUCUCCUUAAAUUUUUGUCCACACUUGACGUAUUUUGCACAAGUCCAGAGGGGGAGUACUCUGAGCUUGUGAAAUACCUGAUCACAGAUUACAUUCCUAAAGACAUUGAAAAAACAUGGGGAAAGCUUCACUCACGCUUAAAAGGCCUACACCAGAACCUGUACAAUGCUCUGGAAUGGAUUUCAGAAGACCUAAGUUAUUUCCAAACAGAUAAAAACCAUGAGAAGGAAGAUGAUGAUGGAAAAGCUGAAAAGGAGGAACAAGUUUAUAAUCCCAGGAAAUGGCUGAAAAGACAGUCUGAAGUAUAUGCCAAAUUCUUCAUCUCAGCAUCACUUAUUGGGGACAACAGUGGUCCUAAGAGCCAGCUGAUGAAAGGCAUGACUAUUUAUAAGAGAGGUGGAGGCAGUGUCACAAAUAUCCUGUCAUUCUUAACAGAUAAGAAGGAGAACAGGUCAGCUGAAAAGCUAGAAGAGAUCCUUAGUUUCUAUCCAGAAAAUGCACUAAGGGACAGGCUGGAGGACACCGAUCUGAUCAAUUACAUUUUGAGCCACAUUGUAUUAGCAUGCUUAUCACCAGGAUCAGCCAAACUUCUUCCAAUGCAAACUCUCCGUGAACUCAGCACAAGAUUCUUUAAAGGAAAAAGGACAUUUCCAGCAAGUGCCCAUUUUUUGCUGACCUUACUAUAUUGGCCAGAUGAGGCAUUAGACAAAGAGCCCAAUCCAGUCAAAGACGAAAUUUUAAGUUCAGCACUUCAAACCCUAAAACGUUUAUAUGACAUCAAGAUGAAAGAUGUUCCUCCCAGAAAGAAAAGAAUCUACACCCACUUUUUCCUAGGAAAGGGCUAUGGCUUAAGCAAGAUUGUGCAAAAAAAUAAAAUUGACAAAUUAAUUAGUGGGUCCUUAGAUGAGAAGAGAAUGAAGUGGCUACAUGGAACUGUAUGGAAUAACGCCAAGAUACGUGACAUUCUCAGAAGAGUUUCAGGUUGGACCAAGGAUAGAAAUCUAUUUAUACGUGGCCAUAUGAAGGAGUUUCCAGUCUUACCACUCCAUCGUGAUUCAGUGCCCACUGGAAACGAGAAUGUGACCUUUUAUUUAGGAUUUUCAUUUAAUGGUCUUGUUGCUUUCAAUAUUGAGGUUGAAAAUAAUCUAAACAUUCCAACUGGCACCAGAGUACACAGUGUUUAGUACAUUAACAGUACCUACUGCACUGUUAGACAGCGCAGCACUGGAAAACGCCUGUUGUCACAUUAAAGAAAAAAAGACUGCAUUGGCUGGACACCAGGUAGUAAGAUAACCACAAACUACUCCUACGCUAUGAAUGAGGAUCUAAAAAAUUUGAAACCUACUAGUAAAAAUGUAUCUUCAAACAGAAGCCUUUUAUGUUUUUGGAGUCACCAAACAAAAUUUUAUAUCUAAAGCAGCAAUAAUUCCUAUAUUUGCUUGGGGAAGUGUGGGAGAAAGAAGGCCGCCUAUUACUUCUCCCCACCCCAGCAUCUGGAGAACUGAGCUCCAAAAUAAACAGGCAUAGCAGGGAUCCCUGCCUUCUCAGCUCAAAGACCCUAGACAUUCAGCUAAUUUAUGGGUGAUCAUCAUCAGUAAAAGAAUGUGUUUACUGUUAAAUGUAUGGUGAUUUUUCUUCUCCCUGAACUGGAAACAAAAUGUUUAAGUGGCCUUUGAACAUACACACUACACUGGCUUUAACAUACUUCACUCACUACCAUGCACCAUGUAUUAAAUACGCCUAUGCAUCAUCAACUGCAAGCCAACAUCUAUUACAGAAGCAGAGAGGAAUAAUAAGCAAUUUUAAAAAACUGACUCUGCAAACAUCAGAAGUGAUAAAAAACAGGUCUCAGUUUUUACAUCACUCUUACAUUGCUUUUCCAUGUAAACAUUACAAACCAUACUGCAUGCAUCUAUAACGGGGGGAGGGAAGCAGAGACAUAAGCGGUUACAUAGUCAUGACGUAAAAUAUUACUUGUAAGAGCUGCUAUGAUUUCAUAGUCCAAACAAUUCCUGCACUUGGGAAAGUGUUUUUGCAGCAUUAUUCAAGAUAUUCAUAUGCUAUAUAUACAAUAGGCAAACUUGCAAGUUAUAUCUGUUCUUGAAAAAGUCAUCUUUGUCUAGCUUUAUUUACUAAUUUAAAAAAUACAAAGUUUGUUGUCAGUACUUCUUCUGCAACCAUUAUGUCACAUGAAAUCUUUAAUAAUAAAGCAGCCUAUUAUUAUUUGAAUUUAGCAUUGUUCGAUAGUGACAGAGUUGCUAGAAUUUUCUAGAAGACCUAUAAUAUAGCUUAAGUUUUAACAUGGUAAAUAACCUUUAAAAAGAACCACAAUUUCUACAUGAGCUGAAUUACCCUACCUGAAGGUAUAGUUCUAACAGCAGUAAGGUGUGAUUUGCUUUUCCAGCUUCAGUCAUGAUCUGGGCACAGCCAAAACUGUAAAAGGAAUUGCAAGGCACUAUGAAUUCAGAUCAACUUAAAUCUCAAAACAGGAUGAAACCAAGGAAAAUUCUAUCUAGUUCAAGCCUUCACUUCUGGUACCCAGGAAGGAGAAACAAAGCUUGUGAGUACUGGUUAGGCAACAGUUGUCUCCAUACCUUGUUUUCAACCUGGGAGUGACACACAGCAGCUAAGCUGCCUGGUUCAAGGGUUGCACUUUCUGAUUGUGCAAUCCAGGCUGGCAGAUUUUGGUAAAGCACAUCAAUGGCAACUUUCCCCAAGAUGUGCUAGAAAGGCACACUGGAGGGACAAACCAUGACAACAUCUUAACUGCUAGCAGCCAGAGAGCUGGGAUGCUGGAGAAAGCACCUUCUGCCCAGCCCUGACGCAGCAACAGUGGAAGGGGAUCUGAAAAGUUAAUUAAGCAAAGGCAGUUUUUUUAAGCCUGCAUGGGCCACACGAGUGGCUUCAAUAUGGCAUAGCCCAAAGCAGAAAUAGGAAGUGAGACCUUACUGACAAGCAUGUGAGCUAAAAGCAAGCAUUUACUUCCUGAUCGUUCUUACAACCUGCUCACAUGCUGUGACAAGAGCAAAGAUUUUGUUUUAAAACAGAAACUGCUAUCACAAUGAAAAACUUAAGACAGAAGAUUUGGCCAAGAGGCUUUGUCUUGUAACUUGUUUUCUUAAACCAAGCCUGCCAGGCACCUGAGAUUGUAGACAGCAAUCCUUUGACUGGUAGCCCAUACAUUUUUGUACAGAAAAAGGACAGUAGAUUAGCACCAAAAGACAGUUAAAUAUUAAAAAUUUGAGAUUCACUUGCUUGUCUCCAGGUAUAAAAUCACUUCAAGAUAGGGCUCAUAUGAAUGAGUUCUUGCAUAGUUUAUAGGCAGAGAACUAGUACAAAGUCAUUCAAACCAAAACAUGGGUGAAGGUGGAUUUUAUAAGCACUUUGAAAUAGCUAAUAUUUAUUGCUAUGAUUUAAAUAAGUCCUCAAGGAGAAAAAAAAUACACAGAAUCAAUGGUUCACUUAUGUUUAAUUAGAGACUGUUACAAAGUGGUAGAUAUACAUUACAGAUUUGUAUAUGUUAAUCAACCAUUCUUGAAGCAUACGGUUCCCAAGGGAUGCAAGUGAUGUUAACUCCGUAUUCUCUUUCAAUCUUCUUUGUAAACUGAAUGCUAAUAAAAUUAAACUAUGGUUACUGUUACUAUUAUUUACAUGCACGAAAAUGAUGCCCAUACUUACCAAUUUCCCACCUUCUGGAAUUAAAUUCAACGUUAAUAUUUUGCCACUUGUCGUUUUUCAAAAGAUCUGUGAUUCCUUCCCUUUCAUAUCACUUACACAAAAGGUGGAUCAAGUUACAAGAAAAAUGUUCCUGACACGCUAACUUCUGUGGCUGUAUUACUACUGAGAGGAUACUUACUUCAAUUACAUGCUUUAAAAUACCUUAAGAAGGAAGGAAAAACUGGAGUUCAAGUUUGCUACACAGUGACUAGAAUCUCUGAAGGGGCGAUUUGGAGUCAUUAAGCAGAAGUCUAAAGUACAUAGUGUGAACUGACUCACUGCUCCCUCCUGACUGCAUCACAACUGUAAAGACUUUGAAUUGUGUUAGACUGGACAGCUGCUGAAACAGUGCAUCAGAACCUGAGCUACGAAUUAAGACUGCUCACCUGAUUGUGAAAGCUCAGAUUUCAUAUUUUGUUUUGGUCCCAUCUUAAAAGAAAAGAAAUUCUACCAGAAAAUUCUGUAAUUAUUUGUCAAAGUUUUGCAGGGAGAUGACAUUCUACCAUAGUUUGUGGUCUAGGACAAGGGGAAAUGGUCUUAAACUAAAAAGAGGAUAGAUUUAGAUUAGACAUUAGGAAGAAAUUCUUCACUGAAAGGGUAGUGAGACACUGGAACAGCUUGCCCAGAGAAGCUGUGGAUGUCUCAUCCCUGGAGGUGUUCAAGGCCAGGUUAGAUGGAGCCAUGGCCAACCUGAUCUAGUGGGAGGUGUCCCUGCCCAUUGCAGGAGGGGUGGAACUAGAUGAUCUUUAAGGUCCCUUGCAGCCCAAGCCAUUCUAUGAUUCAUACUAGGAUCUAUUCCAAAGAAACGUACUUUUUGUUGAUGAAACAGAACACCGCUACCCUUUAGUUAUUCCCCAUUCACUCCCAAUCUGGGGUACAAGUAGAGCAGGUCAGCAUUCAACCACUGUCAAAACUGAGACUUCACACGGUAAUUCAGCAGCCAAAAGCAAUCAGCUACUUAUUUCAACUCAUUACUGAGCAAAUCACCUUGAAACCUGAUCCCCUUGAAACCUUACAUUUUGGUAUGACGAGCUGUGCAACGUUGUAUGAGACUUCAAAAUUCUGAAACAAGCAAUACUGCUGGAAGUGUCAAAUCACUCAUGAGAACAGAGUAUAAAAGCAUUCAUAUGAACUGGCAAAACUAACGUUUCUGUCUGGCUACCACAUUAGUACACAAUCUUCCAAUAUUUUGUUUUUAUAUAAUUAUCCACCAAUGAUUUCAAAAGCCCCUCAAAUUCACUGUGUGAUGAUUCACUUGGCAAGUGUAUGUUAAGGCACAGAGUUUCACAGCUUAUGAAACUACGCUAUGUGCCACAGCACAGAAAACUUUCAUCUCCCACGCUGAUAACAUAAGAGAUGAGGUACACAGGGCUUAAAUAAAAGUAAGCUAAUAAACCAUAGAACAAGAAGCUCCCAGCUUACAAGUCUAGCAAAUUAAAAUUCUGUUGGCAGUAGGCAGUAAUUAGCUAAAACUAAAGAAAAA